AUCUCGCGCGCGACAAGAAGCAUUCGAUUGAGGUCAUCAUGAGCCAUGUGAUGUGGACGUACGAUGCAGAGAACGUGGCGACGAAGAACGGCAAGGUGAAGCGGAUUGUCCGAGAGCGGUAUCUCCGCGACGACAUCGCAUGCGGUAUCACUGCGUGCUCGCUCUGCUGCCACGACGACGACGACAGCCUCGAGGAACAACCGCAUCGCCAUGGCAACGAUUUGAAUCUGUCACCCCAAGCAGCCCAGUACCUCCUUCUGACGGUCGACGUGGUCCUCCGACAGAUGGACGUGCUAGAAUACUCGUCGUGCACAGAACUGAGCAACAUCAUCAUCUUGGAGACUGUGGCGGAACAAGUCAAGCGCAAGGACAUGAGCAUCUACCGCCGGUUGCACGCGUUGAUCAAGUCGGAUCGUCAUUUCUACGUGUUCGCCAACGAGCAUCACCGAGACACAUACGUUGCCAAAACCGAGACGGAAUCCGCCGUCGAGCGCGACGUCCGUGCCACUUGCGGUGCCUUUCAAUGGUACACGUCGCAUCUGACGACCCUUGGAAGCAAGACCGCCGUCACGUACAUCGCCAACGACACCGUGGACGCCGAGCGAGCGGCCGCGAAUGGGGUACAAGCGACGACGAUUUCGUCCUUCGUCGCUCCUCUAGUCAAGGCGUACCCCGAUCUGGCGGACCUCAUGUCGAACGCGUCGACCGCGCCAGUCUCCGAAGGACCUGCCAAGAAGACGACGCUGUACGCCGAGCACAAGAGCAUGUCGGAAGUGCUCGCGGGUAUCAAGAACAAGCGCUUCUUCCAAGGCACCCUCCGCUGCAACCGCGAUCACUGGCUCGAAUGUACGGUGCUGAUCCACGGACUCAACGACGCCCGGGUCCCCGUGUUGAUUUCAGGCCGCGAAUUUAUCAACCGAGCGAUGGAUGGCGAUGUUGUGGCCAUUGAAAUCCUGCCCAAAGCGCAGUGGAGGCGGCCGGCCGACGCGUUUGCCGUCAACAACGACAAGGACGACAUGGAAGACUCGGCCCGUACCACAGAACCGCAACAUAUUGGCGUGGCAGCGCCGACAUUGUCGGGCGACGUGGCCGACGUGUCCGACUUGAAACCAUGUGGCAAAGUAGUGGGCAUCGUCCAGCGCAACUGGCGGCGGUACUGCGGGUCCAUCGAGCCCGUGGCCGCCCAGACGACAGCGACGACCAACGUGCUGUUUGUACCCGUGGAUCGCAAAAUCCCCAAGAUUCGAAUGAUCACAAGACAGCACGACACACUUCUAGACAAGCGCAUCGUGGUGGCCAUCGAUUCGUGGCCAGUAGACAGUCGGUUCCCCCUUGGACAUUACGUCAAGACGCUGGGCGUAAUCGGCGACAAGGAGACGGAGACCCAAGUGCUUCUGCUGGAGCACGACAUUCCGUGCCAACAGUUCUCGGAUAAAGUGCUCAAGUGCUUGCCGCCCGCGGACUGGACCAUCACGCCAGAAAACUCGAAAGGCCGCACCGACUUGCGCCAUUUGCCCGUGUGCAGCAUCGAUCCGCCCAACUGCAAGGAUAUUGACGAUGCUCUACACGCGAGACUGUUGCCCAAUGGCCACAUUGAGGUGGGCGUGCACAUUGCGGAUGUGACACACUUCGUCGAAGCUGGCAGUGCGCUGGAUCUCGAGGCGGCGGACCGCGGCACGUCGACGUACUUGGUGGACAAGCGCUUGGACAUGCUGCCUGGCUUUCUCACCACGCAGUUGUGCUCGCUCACGUCGACCGACGACCAUUUUGCGUUUAGCGUGCUGUGGGAAUUGAAGAUUGAAGGCAACGAGGUGCACGUGAUCGACGUCUCGUUUUGCAAGAGUAUCAUUCGCAGCAUUGCCAGUUUAUCGUAUGGCGAAGCCCAAGUGCUGCUGGACGACCCUGCGUCCGGGUCGUCGUACCUACAAGCGUCGUCUGCGACACCGUCCAAGGCCGACAAGAAGCUCACGUUGGGCAGUGGCAUCAAGACCCUCAACGACAUUGCCAUGCGCCUCAAAGCCAAGCGCAUCCAAGCAGGCGCGUUGACGCUGGCGUCGCCCGAAGUUCGGUUUGUGCUCGACACGGAAACCCAAAACCCCCUCGACGUGCAAAUGUACGCGCUCAAAGACACGAAUGCGCUCGUGGAAGAGUUCAUGCUCCUCGCCAACAUCACCGUGGCCAAGAAAAUUCUGCGAACGUUCCCCACGUUUUCGCUGCUGCGUCGCCACCCAGCGCCGUCGAAACGGCAAUUUGAUGCGAUUGUGAGCCAGGCCCAAAGCGUCGGCGUGACAUUGCGAGUGGACAACUCCAAGCAACUGCAAGAGAGUCUGGACAACCCCACUGCGUCACGAGCGGAAAAUGCCUACUUUAACAAGAUGCUGCGCAUCCUGUGCACGCGAUGUAUGAUGCCUGCGAGUUACUUUUCAUCUGGAGAAGUCGGCGUGGAUGAAUACCAUCACUAUGGGUUGGCAGCGCCAAUUUACACGCACUUUACAUCGCCCAUUCGACGAUAUGCCGACGUGUUGGUCCAUCGACUGCUCAGCGCGGCCAUUGGCGUCGCGCCGCUGCCCGACUACCUCGAAAACAAAGCGCACUUGCACGAAUUGACGCAAGGGUUGAACCGCCGGCACUUGGCUGCCCAGCUCGCCGGCCGCGCGUCGGUGAGUUUGCACACGCUGUUGUACUUUGCCAACUUUCCUACCACGACGGACGCCAUGAUCAACAAAGUGCGCGCCAACGGCAUCGGCGUCUUGCUGCCCCGCUUCGGGAUCGAGGGCAUGAUCUUCUUGGCCGACAAGGGCAAGGAGGCGGCUGUCGUCAAGCACGAUCCGGCGCACCACAAGCUGACGCUGCUGACAACCAACCGCGUGCUCCAAGUGUUCCAAAAGGUGUCGGUCAAGGUAUUUGUCGAGCUCACGUUUGGCAACCGUCAGCAGUUGAAGUUUGAGUUGCUCGACGCGGGGGUUGAGACCAGCGAUGACAACGCGACGACGGCUCCCCCUGCCAAGAAACGACCGCGAAACGCGUAGGGUCAAGUUGUAUCGGUUCAUAUAACGUAUCACACACUACUAGUACACAAUUAUACCCAUGC